GCCGCACGACGUCGUGCACCAUCAGGCCACGCCCACGGGGGUAGCGUGCGGUGCGUGGUCGUGAAGUUAGGGCCAUGGCGCGGGUUGCCGCCCCGCCCGAGGUGAUCCGCGCAGCGCAGAAGGACGAGUACUACCGCGGCGGCCUGCGGAGCGCGGCGGGCGGCGCCCUGCACAGCCUGGCGGGUGCAAAGAAGUGGUUGGAGUGGAGAAAAGAGAUCGAGCUGCUCUCAGACAUAGCCUACUUUGGCCUCACCACACUUGCAGGCUACCAGACGCUUGGGGAGGAGUAUGUGGGCAUCAUCCAGGUGGACCCAUCCCAGCGGCAUGUGCCCUCCAGCCUCCGCCGUUGUAUGCUGGUCACACUUCAUGCAGUCCUGCCCUACCUGCUGGACAAGGCCCUGCUGCCCCUGGAGCAGGAGUUGCAGGCUGAAGGUGAUAGCAUGCGGCCCUCACAGGGUAGCCUGGUGCCCAGUGGGCGUGGCCGGUCAGGGACACGACGAUGGGUUCGUCGCCACAUGGCUACCCUGACCGAGCAACAGAGGAGGACACUUCAGCGGGCCACCUUCAUCCUUAGACAGGGCCUCGCCUGCCUCCAUCGCCUCCACAUAGCCUGGUUUUACAUCCACGGCAUCUUCUACCACCUGGCCAAGAGGCUCACAGGGAUCACUUAUAUUUGGAGCCAGGUCCCCUUCAGGGUGCUGAUGGCUCUGGGGCCACCUACCUUGCAGCUGCGGAUCCACCACCUGUCAGGAGAGGACCCACGGGCUCGCGCAAGCUACCGGCUGCUGGGGCUCGUCUCCCUGCUGCACCUGGCACUCUCCGUGGGGCUGCAGCUGUACGGCUUCAGGCAGAGGCGGCGAGCCAGGAAGGAGUGGAGGCUGCACCGCAAUCUGUCCCACCGCAGGAGCUCGCUGGAAGACAGAGCCGUUUCCCGCGCACCACUGUGCACCCUGUGCCUGGAGGAGCGCAGGCACGCGACAGCCACUCCCUGUGGCCACCUUUUCUGCUGGGAGUGCAUCACUGAGUGGUGCAGCACCAAGGCGCAGUGUCCCCUCUGCAGGGAGAAGUUCCCUCCCCAGAAACUGGUCUACCUGAGGCACUACCGCUGACUGUCACCAAACACCCUGGAAAGUGGAUGGAGGAACCUCAAGAAGCUUAUUCUCGAGAUUCACUUAGUUGUACAGAAAUCAUAGAACGCUUUGCACUGGGUUGCCACGUAAAGCUACGACUCCCGCCACCAGGCUAGAGGACAAAAAGCUGGUGCUGACGAGGGUGACCAGCCUGGCACUAUAAGGGCUGCUUUGGCAGGUGGCUGUGGCCCACCAAGGGAGGGGCCAAAAGCCCCAGGUUUGGCUCAGCUUAAGGCUUCUUCAGAGGUCCCUCGUUUGGACAAGGUCUCAGGAUUCCCUCCCUUCCCCAGCCACAGAGUUGAGAACUAAUUUCAAAAGUUGUCCAGAAAGAAUUUUAUUCACUCUGUUGAGCAGAGGACUCUCAGGAGGCAGGAGCUGAGCAUCAAGUGGGGAGGGGGCAGUGUGUUCCCCUGGGUGGUCACAGAGGCCUCCAGCACCCAGGCCAGGCAAGCCCAUCUAUAGGACUGGGUGUCAAGACCACACAGUAACCAAAGGUCAGUACCUCUGACUAAAUAUUUGGCACAUAUUUUUAAUUCAUGGCGUUUGCUUCCCAUUUUUAGCUUUAGCACAAAUGGGAACGGGUCUCCCCAGCUGCAGGGGCAGAGCCAGCUUGAGGGAAAUUUCCUGUUGUUUUCUUUACGUCUUAACUCGCUUCUGCUCUUAGGCCCCUCUGGGGAGCCUAGGUGAGCCAGUGCCCUCCCCGAAAGGCCCAGUGGUAAGCACGCUGCUUACCCAAGGCCAUGCUGUGGCAGCCCCUCAGCUUGUCCCCAGCCUGCUUCCUGCCUCUAUUUGAUAUUUCCAGGUUUUCAAACUUAACUGGUGCCAGAGACAACUUGCAACGUUUAAGAAACUAAUUCCACAGAAAUGUUGCUCCAUGGAGAACAAAGGAUUAACCUGAACGAACCUCAUAAAAUGUGUGGAGCUGCCCCCGGCAGGACCUCUGGGUUGUGUGGAAUGUGGGGCUGAGGCCAGCCAGCAACAUGGCUUUGCUGUGCAGCUGUUCCUAGUGAGCAGGGCCAGCGAACAGCAACAGGCAACUGCCCGCCCUAGGCUGGGAGGAGCACUGGGGAUGGCUCCAGGGCUGCUGGCAGCAGAAGCCUCCACAGCCCCUGCAGGGGGCCUGGAGCACAGCUCUGCACAACCAUGCCCAGCCCUGGACAGAUAGAUGCACACUGAGUUCCCAUCACAGGCAGAGUUUGACAAUCCCAGGUGCUGCCCGUACUGCCAGCUACUAGGGAGGCUGAGGCAAGAGGAAAGUCUGAUGUCAGCUUUGGCAACUUAGCCUGUGUGGCAGAGAGAAAAAAAUUUACAGGGAUCUUGGAGGGUGUGGCUCAGGUACAUCACUGGCUUAACAGGCUCAAGGCCCUGGAUUCAAUCCCCAGAACCACACACACAUACAAAAAGUGAAAUUUCAGGUACACAGAAGGACUUAUAUAUGACCUCUCAGAGGAGCUCAACUUGAGAUCAGAAGUCACCAAAAGACCGUCCAGACCAUUGGCUCAGUGUCUGAAACCCUGUGUGUGCAUGGGAAGCCCUGCUGCCAAGGCACCAGAGGGCCAGAGCACUUGUGCCUCCUGCAGGGGUGUCUCUUGGCUACCGUCAAAGACUGUUCCCCUCCAGGGGCGGCUGAGAGCAAGCUGGGCCUUGGUGCAAGGUCUAGUGCUUUAGGUAUAGAUUAUGCAAGCAAAGGACACUGUCUUUAAUAAAACUGGAAUUAAAAAGUCA